AUACUCGACUUUUAUAGAUCACGUAAAAUGUUAUCCAGGAACUUUCUGAAGUAAUAUUAGGCUACAUGAGACGUUUAUUUGUUUCAACUUAAUUCCGUUUUGAUAUUGAAGUAGAUGUUUGAUUGCUCUGGUCUAGGGACGCAUCAUUUGCAGCCUUGGGAAUCGAAUUUUCUCUCCGCAACUCCCUAGUCAUGAUCUCUACACUACAACAAAGUAGUCUAACUGUACUGUAGACUACAACAUUUCAUUCCAUACAAAGAAACAAUAUCUUCCACAAUGGAUCGGGGAACAGCUGUAAUCAUUGCUCUCUGUGGGAGGGGCUUAUCAUCUGUGGAGCCUCAACAACAUCAUGAUGCUGACAAGAAAGAGAAGAGUCUCUCCAGCUCAGAACACUUCAAGAAACACCGGCAGAGACGAAUAGGGAAGAAACCUCACCACUGCUGCUUUGACUGUGGGAAGAGUUUUGCUAAGCAGUUGGAAUUGAUUAUUCAUGAGCCGAUUCACAAUAGAGAGAAACCGUAUCACUGCUCUCAGUGUGGGAAGAGUUUAGCUGCAUCUAAAAUCUUAAAAUCUCAUCAGAGAAUUCAUACAGGGGAAAGGACUUACACCUGCUUUGAUUGUGGGAAAUACUUCAGUCAUUCAGGAGACCUGACUGCACACCAACGCAUACACACAGGAGAGAAGCCUUUUAGCUGUGAUCAGUGUGGGAAGAGCUUCAAUCAUUCAGGAAACCUGACUCAACACCAACGCAUACACACAGGAGAGAAGCCUUAUAGCUGUGAUCAGUGUGGGAAGAGUUUCAAUCAAUCAGGAGCCCUGACUUCACACCAACGCAUACACACAGGAGAGAAGCCUUAUAGCUGUGAUCAGUGUGGGAAGAGCUUCAAUCGUUCAGGAUCCCUGUCUACACACCAAGGCAUACACACAGGAGUGAAGCCUUAUAGCUGUGAUCAGUGUGGGAAGAGCUUCAAUCAUUCAGGAACCCUGACUAAACACCAACGCAUACACACAGGAGAGAAGCCUUAUAGCUGUGAUCAGUGUGGUAAGAGCUUCAAUCAAUCAGGAGCCCUGACUACACACCAACGUAUACACACAGGAGAGAAACCUUAUAGCUGUGAUCAGUGUGGGAAGAGCUUCAAUCACUCAGGAGCCCUGACUACACACCAACGCAUACACACAGGAGAGAAGCCUUAUAGCUGUGAUCAGUGUCGGAAGAGCUUCAAUAAUUCAGGAGACCUGACUAGACACAGACGCAUACACACAGGAAUGAGGCCUUAUAGAUGUGAUCAGUGUGGGAAGAGCUUCAAUCACUCAGGAGCCCUGACUACACACCAACGCAUACACACAGGAGAGAAGCCUUAUAGCUGUGAUCAGUGUGGGAAGAGCUUCAAUCGUUCAGGAAACCUGACUAUACACCAACGCAUACACACAGGAGAGAAGCCUUAUAGCUGUGAUCAGUGUGGGAAGAGCUUCAAUCAAUCAGGUGCCCUGACUACACACCAACGCAUACACACAGGAGAGAAGCCUUAUAGCUGUGAUCAGUGUGGGAAGAGCUUCAAUCGUUCAGGAAACCUGACUAUACACCAACGCAUACACACAGGAGAGAAGCCUUAUAGCUGUGAUCAAUGUGGGAAGAGCUUCAAUCUUUCAGGAUACCUGACUACACACCAACGCAUACACACUGGAGAGAAACCUUAUAGCUGUGAUCAGUGUGGGAAGAGCUUCAAUAAUUCAGGAGACCUGACUACACACCAACGCAUACACACUGGAGAGAAACCUUACUCCUGUUUAUGUGGAAAGAGCUUUGCUCAUUCAGGGUCACUGAAAAAACACAAGGAAAGACAUGCAUGUUUUCUUUCAUCUCCCUCAUCUCAGCCACCGGUUCCAGAUUCCUAAAAAAAGUUUAAAUGGAAAACAACCUGUUAUCCAUCUCCCAUUCUCUAACAGUUUACUAAGUCUGAUUACCAUGGUAACCUGUGUAGCAUAAUAUGCAGCUCUGGAUCCAUAUGUGUCAAGCGUCUUGGAGUAGGAGUGCUGUGUGUGUGGUGGGGUGGGGGUGUUCAGAGCUGUAUCUUAUUUCAUUAACUCCUAUUUUUCAUUAAAUAAUGGACAAUAAUGUUUCUCCAAUAAUAGGUGUAUAUUCAUGUGUGAGGGAAAUGUUGUCUGAAGGGAGAGCCUUGAAUUGUACAUCUUGUCUCAUACAGUCAUUAGUUCCUGUAGGUGCUGGGUAGAGAUGUGAGGGGGAGACGGUCAUGACCCCCUCAGACAUUUUGACAGAACGUCCAGAAUAUGUUCUAUAAGUUACAUGCAGGAACCAAACGUUAAUGAUGAAUAAUGUAAAUCAAUAUAACUUGUCUGUGUAAGCAGUGUAUAAGAGAACUAACUGCCCGAAAGAGCUGCUGACGGACGUGUACUAUGGUGCAUUAAGUUUGUUGGAACCUCUCCAGCUUGCUGAUAUUAAAGAAUGAUUCAUUUUUGUUUGACUUUGAUUCUCUGCUGGUAAUUUCCAUGACGUUUUCAAUACAUCAAUAAAUGAAAUCCAUUAUCUUA